AUGAUAGCGUGCCUUCAACAGGCGGUGAUAGACGGAUCGUUGCGAACGCUUGCCCCAAACUUGCCCAAGGAGAAGCGCGCACGUUCCAGCUUUACGCUCACAGAAGAUGCGCCUUACUGGAUGGACCCGAUGUCACCGGAGGCUGGGCAGCGCGCCCUGCGCUUGGGUCGUGCUAGGAAUGCUAAUCAGCCUGUCAACCGACUGCCCACUGAGAUCUUGAUGGAGGUCUUCUAUAUUGUCAAGUCCAUUAGCCGAGGCGUGGCUUGCCCCGAGCUUAUGCACGUUUGUGGGUACUGGCGAGACGUGGCCCUCUCCGCGCCGUUAUUGUGGUCGGCGGUGUCUGCUGGACAAGGGUCAUCUGCCCUUGAUGCGUAUUUGCGGCGCUCUGAAGGCGUUCCGUUCGACAUCACUUAUCGCAAAUACGUGUUCGACGUCCGACCCUUCCUGGACGUCAUUAUGCCUCAUGUCCGCCGCAUCCGGACGUUGAAAUUUCCGGCGCUUUCUGAGCAAGCAGCGGAGACAUUACUUACCAAGCUUAGAUGUUCGACGCCAGCGCCUGGUUUAGAAGACCUUACAGUUCACGUCACUAUCCGCAGCUCCACGCCACAGAUACCAACUCUUUGGCUCGAUGGAGCAACACUUCCCUCCCUCAGUCGACUCUCCUUGAAAGGGAUACUUCUCCGUGCCGCGCCAGUGGCAUUUCGGGACCUUGUUCAUCUCGAUCUCUGCAACGCUUUCUCAACUCGCCCCGACGUCGCUCGUAUAAUUCUAGAGACAUUAGGAAAUUGUCAUCGUCUACAGUCUCUGAGCAUCACUGAGCAAGGCUUCGCUCGCUCUCAAACACACAGGGCAAUGGCUGACAAGUCACUCAUGGUCUCGCUGCCCUCCUUGGAAGAGUUCAAGCUGGUGGCCAGCGCGGCUGUCAUCUCUGAUAUCUUCACCCAUUUGUCACUCCCCGCGAGGACCUACCUCGACGUCGGCUGCUCCUUCGAUCCCGACCAUAUCACCAUCAGUCCUCUCGCUGGCAUAUUCCCCAAGGCCCUAGGUAGCUUGACGAAUCUUCUAGAAGCCCGGUCGCUCUACUUGUUUGUCUCCGCAAAUAUCUUUCGCGUGCGAGCAUUCGAUGCCGUGGGCCCAGUAUCAAAGAAGAUACUACAGUUGGAGUUGAAUUGUGACCAGCCCGUCGACAUGACCCUUCUCCUUCCGGACGCUUUGCGCGAUUUGACCGAUACUUUCGCCUCCGCGCCGAUAGCUGAGCUGGAACUCCACGGGAACCUGGCGUUGAUUGCCGAGGACCAAUGGCGGCUCGCCCUGGCCCGCCUUCCUUCUUUGGAAUGCCUAAGCGUCGGAUCACGAGGCCAAGUCAAGAACAUACUGGAGAGUCUCCAUUACUCAUGCGCUAACGCAGCAGACGAAUUUCUGUGUCCUCUACUCAGCAAACUCCAUCUUGGUGGAGCGAAGUUGGACGAAAGCGCCUCUAAUUUACUGGCCGAGAUUGUUGACCACCGGGGGUUGAAACAUUGA